CAGCCCCGGCGACUCUUCCACGGAUGUGACGGUGGUGGUGGUGGAGGAGGAGGAGGAGGAGGAGGAGGGACACGCCGCCGCCGCCGCCGCCGCCGCCUCCACCGCCUCGUCGCGGCACUCGGACAUGUCCUCGCCGGACGAGGAGCAGCAGCAGCGGUGGGUGCCGACACACGUCCAGGUGACGGUGCUCCGGGGCAGGGGGCUCCGGGGCAAGGGCAAGCACGGCACCAGCGACGCGUACGUCGUCAUCCAGCUCGGCAAGGAGAAGUACUCGACGCGCGCGGCGGAGAAGACCACCGAGCCCGAGUGGCGGGAGGAGUGCUCCUUCCAGCUGCCGCCCGGCGGGCCGGCGGCGAGCGGCGAGCUCGUCCUCACCGUCAUGCACCGCGCUCUCAUCGGGCUCGACGUGUUCCUGGGCCAGGCGCUCGUCCGGCUGGAGCAGGUCUUCCAGGAGAGCAGAGGCGUCAAAACCCAGUGGUACCGCCUGAACUCCAAGACGGGCAAGAAGGAGAAGGAACGAGGCGACAUUCAAGUCGGCGUCCAGUUCACGCGCAACAACCUGACGGCCAGCAUGUACGACCUGGUCAUGAAGGACAAGAGCGCCUCCACCUUCAGCAAGCUGAAGGAGCGCAUGGGGGGCAAGAGGAGGUCCAGCGACGAGGACUCCUCCUCCGCCGUCCUGCCGGGCGGGUACGGGUCCCUGUGCCGCAUGCGCCAGCGCCUGCCCAGCGACGGCGGCGGCGAGGAGGACUACGAGGACGACGAGGGCGGCGAGGUGCGGCGGAGCAAGAUGAGGACGUUCUUCCUGAGGGGGAAGCUGAGGAAGUCGUCGGACACGCGCUCCAGCACCUCGCUGGGGUCGGAGAGCAGCGAGUCGUCGCGGGGGGGCAGCCUCAGCCCCACGGCGGGCAUCAGCGUGGUGGUCUCGGACCUCUCCAACUCGCCCAGCAACAGCAGCAACCUGACCGCUGACAGCCCAGAGCACACAGCCGACACCUCCCCCAAGUUGUCGCCCCUGCGAUGUGACUUUGACCAGGACUUCCAUGAAAUCACCAUAGCCGUGCCUCAGCUCACGCUCAACCUCCGGCCCCCGGACCACGGCGCGGGAGAGCCGGGGAGCUCCCUGGACCCGGGACACCUCCAGAAGACCCUGCCUCUCUCCGUCUCCUUGCAGAGUCUCCACCCCAGGGCCCCCGCGGACGUCCUGCACGGCACGGUGGGAGACGGGCGCCGCUGGUCCUUCGACAAGGCCGGCGAGGAGGAGACGGCGGCCAUAGCGGCGGCCCUGGAGAAGAGCUGCCCCGUGCCGGGCGGGGGGGAGGAGGAGGAGGAGGAGCCGGGAGGGACGGAGACCACGCCGUGCACGGCUGCUGCAGGGAAACACACCAGCUGGUUUGGAUCCAAGGAGUUGCACAGCAAACCAAGCCUGGUGGUGUCCCAUAAACUAGACUCGGACACUAACCCGACCUUCCUGCCCCAACAUGCCCCGCAUCCUCCUCCUCUGCACCGUUCUAACCCCUUCUGUCGCUCACAGCCGGCGACGCUCACCAUGUCGCCCGCCAACCCCUUUCUCUCCUUCCUCCAGCACAACCCUUUUUAUGAAGACAUGGUAACUCCGCCCCUAACUUCCUCGCUGCCCCCUCCGCCCUCCCUUUCCAGUUCUCGGCCUCCCAUAGCGCAACUCUUUCCACAGUCCCCUACGCAGUGCUGUGGCAGUCCGAGUACCGAGGACUUCGUCCCUCGUUUCACCAACGCUGCGCUCUCCACGGGAGAGGCCUUCAGCAAGAAGGCUGCCAAUCCUUUUACCGGGGAUCAGGAACCCGAUCCGCAGUGGGACGAAUCCUUUGAGGCGUUUGCAUCUGAUAGGCUGCAAGUUCCCCAAGACUGCACCACAGCUGACCAAAUAUGCCAAGGCUUUGUCAGUUCCCGCCCUCAAGAACACGGCACGGAUCAAGGGACAAAUACCAAUGGCAAUCCUAAACCUUCAGGUCUCACCAUUCACUGUCUGGACACGAUCCCUGAGGAUGCAAGCUUUGACUACCACAAUGAAAUCUUCAGCACGUUCGCAAACUCACAAUCAUUCCCUCACCCUGAAUUGCAUCAAGCUAACAGCAGCACUAACACAAACAUCUUAACUGACGCUAACACUCAUCCCGCCGCCUGUCACACCUCCAGUUUGCCGGAUCCUGCCGGCUCCUCGGGUAUAGGCAGUUCUGUCGACGACGACUUCCUCUCCUGCCUUUCUUCGUAUUCAUUGUCAGACAUAUUCUCUGCUAGCUCCUCAGAUGAAACCGAGCCACAAAAGAGUGAAAGAAGUGUUCUCAGCUCAGAGAUUUUGUCUGAAUCAGCUAUCCCUUAUCAGGAUUGUAGUGCUUCCGAUUAUCUUCCUACUGGUGCAGCCCAAAAAACUAUGAUUCCGAACGAGCAUGAGACUGUAGAGGCAGACUGGUCGGAUCCAGAGGGGUCAACAGUCCUUACCCUGGGAUUGACAGGUGCAGAUAUACAGACGCCAACAAAAAAGGACCUGCAUCCAAAGCCCAAUAUCUCUCCACCGUCUAACCACCAAAAUGAAGAGAAAUGCCAAGGUGAAUCUAGUGGAUCGAUGCUGGCCUUUUCAGGUCCCAGUGAUAAACCGUUUUCCACUCUUCCAUCUCUCUACAUCCCAACUCCCUCCCCGGACACCAGGAAGUCCUUGCCCCUCGAGGACAUGGGAGGACAGGAAGGUCACCAACAGCCUCUUGGACCCUUUAGGCUUUUUGGCGAGCCCUUCACCGCCAACUCUAAGACAUUUGACCAGAAUGCCAGUAUUUUUCUCCAAAGCCUCUAUGUGACCCCUGACUCGCAGCGCUACCAAAACCGCCGGUCACAACCGUCUUCCGUGUUAGAGUUCACUAAGAAGCUCGAUUCUGAGAACUCCAACUUGUGUGAGGAGUUCGGGACUAUUCCGAGCCCAGAGGAUUCCAACAGUAGUUCAAAAAAACAAAUUGACUGGUUUCCACAGUGUCUGGUCAUGCAGGACAAAACGGGUACUUGUGAGCCAGGUAUCACAGCAAAUGGUGACGAGAGAUUGCCAGUUCUCCCUGCGACUCUAAAAGACUUUCAUUUAAAAGCCAGACGUAGCGCCGUUUUAGAUGACAUGUUUGUGAGAAAGCCGCUGCUAUUGUACCGCUCCCGGUCCGAAGGAACCCUCGCAACCACCCUGGACAAUCUCCUCCCACUCUCUCUCUGGAACGAGCUCCAGGAGUUGUCCUCUUCCCAGUGUGACCCCUCCCUUUUCACCCCCUCUGCUGCUCCUUUAACUCCUCAAAAUAGCUGCCUCCUGUUUCUCCCGUCCCCUCUUUCCGGCGCCUCUGCGCCACCCAGCGUGUUCGAGUCGCCCGCCCGUGCAAAGCCAAAACUUCAGGAGGCGCAGGAACGCCGGCAGUGUCGGGAGAACAGCCCCCACCCGGUGAAGCCCCUGAGCACCGGCAUGCCGGCUGAAGGCCGCUCGGUCCUGGAGAAGCUGAAGUCCACCAUCCACCCUGGGAGGAGCAGCCACCCCGGCGAGCAGGAGACCGAGGAGAAGAAGGCUCUGACCGAGGGCGCGGGUUCCUACUACCACCUGACCCACAGCGAGCUGAUCGGGCUGCUGGUGCGGCGGGAGGCGGAGCUGGAGAGGAGGAAGGCGGAGUUUCAGCAGCAGAAGGCCCUGCUUGCCAAGCGGGAGGCGGAGCUGAGGAGGUUGAAGCCCCAGGUCCGAGACCUGGAGGACUACAUUGACACGUUGCUGGUGCGCAUCAUGGAGCAGACGCCCACGCUCCUGCAGUGCCACUCACCACAUGGACUUACCUAUCCUGCACUUCCACGCCAAGGAUUCUCCAAUACUUCCAUGUCUUCCAUUUCCACUCAAGCUGAAUGUAUUGUUGCUGCUGCGGGCCCUGGAGGGAAUGUAUAGUUGCUGCUGCGGGCCCUGGAGGGAAUGUAUUGUUGCUGCUGCGGGCCCUGGAGGGAAUGUAUUGUUGCUGCUGCGGGCCCUGGAGGGAAUGUAUAGUUGCUGCUGCGGGCCCUGG